CUUGGAUAAGCAGUUCUCCGCCACACCAAAUCUCCAGAGAGGAGGGAAGCAAAGAUGGUUUCGCUUAAGAUCCAGAAGCGGCUCGCCGCAUCGGUGAUGAAGUGCGGGAAGGGCAAAGUAUGGCUCGAUCCUAAUGAAAGCUCCGACAUAUCCAUGGCCAAUUCCCGCCAAAACAUCAGGAAGCUUGUGAAGGAUGGUUUCAUCAUCAGGAAGCCAACGAAGAUUCACUCUCGCUCCAGAGCUCGCCGUAUGAAGAUUGCCAAAAUGAAGGGUCGUCACUCUGGAUAUGGUAAGAGGAAGGGUACCCGUGAAGCUAGGUUGCCAACAAAGGUACUGUGGAUGCGUAGGAUGCGUGUUCUAAGGCGUCUCCUGAAGAAGUACAGAGAGUCGAAGAAGAUUGAUAAGCACAUGUACCAUGACAUGUACAUGAAGGUCAAGGGUAACGUCUUCAAGAACAAGCGUGUGUUGAUGGAGAGCAUCCACAAGUCGAAGGCUGAGAAGGCCAGAGAGAAGACUUUGUCUGACCAGUUUGAGGCUAAGAGGGCUAAGAACAAGGCUAGCCGAGAGAGGAAACAUGCAAGGAGAGAAGAGCGUCUAGCAAAGGGUCCUGGAGGAGGAGAUGUUGCGCCUGUUACUGCACCACCAGCUGCUGCUACUACUGCUACUACUGCAGAGGUACCGAAGAAGAAGUCUAAGAAGUGAAGUGGAUCCUAGCCAUAUAAGAUCAGCUCACGGUCUUGUCUUGCAGAAGUUUUUGAGUGUUUUAUGAAUUUGGGUUUGUUGAAGUACUUUCGUUGAUCAAAGAACACAAACUUAUUAUGUCAGUUAAUCGUUAUGCUUUCGGAUUUUUAGCUUAUCAGUCUUUUAAAAGACGUGCUUUGCAAAAAGUUUUGCUUUUUUUCUUUGAUUCUUACUGUUUUCUUUCACCACUUAAGUAACAAAUCAUGUUCACAGCUUCAUCAAUUUUUGUCUAAUCCAAACCUUGUAUCGCUUUAAUUACAAUCGUUCGAACGGUUUCGUUUAUUUCCACGGUGGCGAGUCUGGCGACUAAAUUUUUUUGAACAGCUG